AUGGCUGGGGAGUUGAAGAGGAGAUAAGUGAGCUGCACUAUGUCUUGUACAAGCAGAGAGCUGCUGGAGCUCAGCAGGUUCAGGUCAUCACCUACCCUCGGUGUUGGAUGAUGGACGGCCUGGAGGGAGCCGAUCUCUGCUACCCUCAGCUCCCAAACUCAUCCUGCAGGGGUUUAAUGCGUCCUCACUCUGAGGCCGUCCUCCUUCACACACUACUCUCCUGCAUCGCUGUGCUCACGGUAGCUCUCAACCUGCUGGUCAUCAUCUCCAUCUCCCACUUCAGACAGCUUCACACCCCCACCAACCUGCUCCUGCUCUCCCUGGCCACCUCAGACCUGCUCGUGGGGCUGCUGGUGAUGCCGGUGGAGAUGGUGCGGUUCAUAGAAACCUGCUGGCUGCUGGGCGACCUCAUGUGCGGUCUGUCUUACAUUAUCGGCUUCACCCUCACCUCAGCCUCUGUGGGGAACAUGGUGCUCAUAUCGAUCGACCGCUAUGUAGCUAUUUGUCAUCCUCUGCAGUACUCCAACAAAAUUACUCGCAGCAGAGUCGAGGUGUCUGUGUGUCUGUGCUGGGCAUGCUCGAUUCUCUACAACGGGCUCAUUUUAAAGGACCACCUCAGGCAGUCAGACAGACACAACUCCUGCUAUGGGGAGUGUGUGGUGGUGAUUAACAACAUCUCUGGAACCGUCGACCUUGUGUUCACGUUUAUCGGCCCCUGCUCGGUCAUCCUCGCUCUGUACAUGAGAGUGUUUAUUGUGGCGGUGUCUCAGGCUCGUGCAAUGCGGUCUCAUAUUACAGUUGUUGCAGCCGGUACAGUUACAGUCACUGCAAAGAAAUCUGAGAAAAAAGCAGCCAGAACUCUUGGUAUUGUCAUAAUGGUGUUUUUGAUGACUUUCUGUCCGUAUUACUACCCCUCUCUGGCAGGACAGGACAUGUCAAACAAUGCUUCGUCGUGGGCCAUUGUGUCCUGGCUGUUGUACUUUAAUUCUUGUUUGAACCCACUCAUAUAUGCUUUUUUUUAUCCGUGGUUCAGAAAAGCUAUCAAGUUCAUUGUGACCCUGAAGAUACUAAAGCAGGACUCCUCGCAGGCUAAUAUACUUUAAAGUCACCUUUUUCACCUUGCAAGAAAGUGAUAGUGUAGCAAAAAUCAGACUGUAUGUAUGAUUGGUUAAAUAAUUAUCAUUUAUAAAGCAAUAGCCUCUUAAAUGUGAGAAUUGUCUGACGUUCUUUGUUUUGCAUUACAGUGACAAAUAACAACAGAUAGCAUAUUUUUCUUGCAUUUUAUUACUAGACUAUUCAAUGAAAAUGAAAAUAGUUAGUCAGUAGUAUUAGUUAUUUGCAGCCCUGGUGUAAUAAUAACUUUACUAAACAAGAUUUACUUUUGCAUACAUACAAUCUUUCAGUCACUAUACUGCAACUGUAUACUUUUAAUGAUCUGGUAAGCUCCUGACAGGUGAUAUGUUCCUUAUGUUGUUGAGGACUUUGUGACAAAUACUGUCAUCAGAGGAGAACAGAAGACAGUUUGGAAUUUAGCAGCAAAGACUGAAACAUAUCUUUCUCUAGAAUAAUGAUUAUAGCUCUAAUAGUGAGCGCUGCUUUACCUCACAUGUAAAUGUGAAGCAUUGUCUUAAGUUGGUAUGUCAUCGUCAUUGUUGUCCGCUAUUCCGUUUAAAAACAGGUUUAUCAAGGUAACAUGCAAAUUAUACAUGUAAGCAUUCAGCAGCAACACGGCAUUUAGAAAGGAAC